AAAUGAUGUACUUGGUAAAUCAGAAGUAGAUUUUUUGUGUUAGACAUAUUUGAAGAACUUUAGAUCGAUUAAUGACUGGGUCAUUUGUGGGCAUGGUGGGUAUUACUUACACGAUUUUAUCCAAAGCAUAUCUAUAUUUACUCAAGUGCAGUAAAUACGGCCAUCAUAAGAUUACACCCCUGGCAUAUAAUGAAUUUUCUUUGAUAAACCGAUACAAAUAUGAUGGGAGCAAUGCAUUUGAUAUUUCAAGGGGUAUAACCUUUUGACGGUUGUUGUUCUUCUCACUGUGAUGUCAUUUGCUUAAAAUACCUUUAGAAAGAAAAAUACUAAUCACAAAAAUCUUUCCUUUCUAGCGUCAACUGUAAACGUAACAAGGAGACGGCCAAUCUACACGACCAAGUUAUUGAAUUUAAUAAUUUGAUGAAAACUUUCAUUAACUAAAAUCCAUCAGACUAGGGAAUUUGGUUUUCUCUUUCAUUUAUUUUGAAACAAGAUCAGGAUAAUAAGAAAUAUAGAAUAUUUUUUUGAGUAAAAUUUUAUUCCGAGUAAAAUUUGUAACUUUUGUAGUAAAUGCUUAUGAUUUAAGGACUGUAUAUGAAUGUGUUAUUACCAAGGUAUUGUUUAGUUUAUUUUGAUAAAUGAUGACAAAUGGUGAGAAAUUAUAAAACUUUAAGACUAAUUUUAGGACCAGAUAUCAAAAUGCAUCAAAUGUGAUGCCGAAUGGAGUAACCAGGCUGUCACAGUGGGAAAACGCCAGAUCCCAAGCAAAAUGCCAGAACUUACUCUGACGUCAUGACAGAAUUACAGCUUGGUAAAGAGCAGGCUGGUCUUCGUAAGAUGAUGACAGACAAAGCUAAGUCAGGUGAUUUACAGCAGGUAGCUAAUGGAGACUCACAGAAGAAAGCUCCAUCCAAGAGACGAAGAUGGGAUCAAUCGGCAGAUGAUACACCAGCCAAGAAAAAGUCAACCUGGGAUGUUGCUGAAGCAGUGGGUACUCCUUCAAACAGUCGCUGGGAUGAAACACCCGGUAGAGCUAAAGGUUCAGAGACUCCCGGAGCUACACCUGGAGCCAGCACAAGAAUGUGGGAUACAACACCUGGUCAUGCUACACCAGGUGCUGCUACACCUGGUCGUGAUACACCUGGUAAUCAGCCUACACCUAGUGCUCGUAGAAACAGAUGGGAUGAAACACCUAAAACAGAGAGAGGUACUCCAGGCCAUGGAAGUGGUUGGGCUGAAACCCCUAAAACAGACAGAGGUGGUGACCUUAUAGAAGACACACCCACCCCUGGGGCCAGUAAACGUAGAUCCCGAUGGGAUGAAACACCCGGAGCAAAUACUCCCGGUGGUAUGACUCCCACUAUGACACCUGGUGGUAUGACACCAACUAUGACACCUGGAGGAAUGACACCAUCCGGAACGCCAAGUGGAAUGACCCCAGGUGGCAUGACCCCCAGUUCUAUGACGCCCAGCGGUACAACUCCAACAGGUCAGAAAGCUAUGGCUAUGGCCACACCUACUCCAGGUCAUCUAAUGUCCAUGACUCCAGAACAGUUACAAGCAUAUUCCUGGCAGAGAGAAAUUGACGAAAGAAAUCGUCCUUUACCUGACGAAGAACUUGAUGCCAUAUUACCACCUGGUUAUAAAACUAUCCAACCACCAGCCGGGUAUGUACCUAUUCGUACACCAGCUAGAAAGUUAAUUGCCACCCCAACACCUAUGGCUGGUACACCUGUUGGUUUCAGAAUGCAGACACCUGAUAGUAAAACACAGGUAGUUGAUAUGCAGCCUAAAGGUAAUUUACCUAUGAUGAAACCAGAUGAUAUGCAGUAUUUUGAUAAAUUAUUGGUGGAUGUGGAUGAAGAAACUUUAAGUCCAGAAGAACAAAAAGAGAGAAAAAUCAUGAAACUAUUAUUGAAGAUAAAGAAUGGUACUCCACCUAUGAGAAAAGCUGCAUUAAGGCAAGUUACUGAGAAAGCAAGAGAAUUUGGAGCAGGACCACUGUUUAAUCAGAUUUUACCUUUACUCAUGUCACCAUCACUUGAAGAUCAAGAACGUCAUUUAUUAGUUAAAGUUAUUGAUCGUAUCUUGUACAAACUGGAUGAUCUUGUCAGACCCUAUGUACAUAAGAUACUUGUUGUCAUUGAACCACUGUUGAUUGAUGAAGAUUACUUCGCACGUGUUGAAGGAAGAGAAAUUAUCUCCAAUUUAGCUAAGGCUGCAGGUUUAGCUACUAUGAUUUCUACCAUGAGACCUGAUAUUGACAAUAUGGAUGAAUACGUACGUAACACAACAGCCAGAGCUUUUGCUGUUGUUGCAUCUGCUCUUGGAAUCCCAGCACUUCUCCCGUUUUUAAAAGCUGUAUGUAAAAGUAAGAAAUCCUGGCAGGCUAGACAUACUGGUAUAAAGAUUGUACAACAAAUUGCUAUCUUAAUGGGUUGUGCUAUUUUACCUCAUCUUAAAAACUUGGUGGAAAUUAUUGAACAUGGAUUGGUUGAUGAACAACAGAAAGUUCGAACUAUAACAGCUUUAGCUCUGGCUGCGUUAGCAGAAGCUGCUACACCGUAUGGUAUUGAAUCUUUUGAUAGUGUAUUGAAACCAUUGUGGAAGGGUAUCAGACAACACAGAGGAAAAGGUUUGGCAGCUUUUCUCAAAGCUAUUGGUUAUUUGAUUCCAUUGAUGGAUGCUGAGUAUGCUAACUACUAUACAAGGGAAGUCAUGUUGAUCCUUAUUCGAGAAUUUCAAUCUCCUGAUGAAGAAAUGAAAAAGAUUGUAUUAAAGGUAGUAAAACAGUGCUGUGCUACUGAUGGUGUGGAACCACAAUAUAUUAAAGAUGAAAUCCUUCCGCCAUUCUUCAAACAUUUCUGGAAUCAAAGAAUGGCAUUAGAUCGCAGAAAUUACAGACAGUUGGUAGAUACAACUGUAGAAAUAGCAAAUAAAGUUGGUGCUGCAGAAAUAACAGGAAGAGUUGUUGAUGAUUUAAAAGAUGAAGCUGAACAAUACCGUAAGAUGGUAAUGGAGACAAUAGAAAAGAUAAUGGGUAAUUUAGGAGCUACAGAUAUUGAUUCAAGAUUAGAAGAACAGUUGAUUGAUGGUAUAUUGUAUGCCUUUCAAGAACAGACUACGGAGGAUGUGGUAAUGUUAAAUGGUUUUGGCACUGUAGUUAAUGCUCUAGGUAAAAGAGUGAAGCCAUAUUUACCACAGAUCUGUGGUACUAUUCUCUGGCGUCUCAAUAAUAAAUCAGCUAAAGUACGACAACAAGCAGCAGAUCUGAUUUCUAGAAUUGCUAUUGUCAUGAAAACUUGUCAAGAGGAAAAGUUAAUGGGUCAUCUUGGUGUUGUGUUAUAUGAAUAUCUAGGAGAGGAAUAUCCUGAAGUAUUAGGAAGUAUAUUAGGAGCAUUAAAAGCUAUUGUAAAUGUUAUUGGUAUGACUAAAAUGACUCCACCUAUAAAAGAUUUGUUACCACGUCUUACACCCAUCUUAAAGAACAGACAUGAGAAAGUGCAGGAGAAUUGUAUAGAUUUAGUAGGAAGAAUAGCCGAUAGAGGUGCAGAGUUUGUAGCAGCUAGAGAGUGGAUGAGAAUCUGUUUUGAACUACUUGAAUUACUUAAAGCUCACAAAAAAGCAAUUCGUAGAGCUACAGUCAACACAUUUGGUUAUAUUGCCAAGGCUAUUGGACCCCAUGAUGUCCUGGCUACUCUACUUAACAAUCUUAAAGUACAAGAAAGACAGAACAGAGUGUGUACAACUGUUGCCAUAGCAAUAGUUGCAGAGACAUGUUCACCAUUCACAGUUUUACCAGCUUUGAUGAAUGAAUAUAGAGUACCAGAACUGAAUGUACAAAAUGGUGUACUGAAAUCAUUAUCAUUUAUGUUUGAAUAUAUUGGUGAAAUGGGAAAAGAUUAUAUUUAUGCAGUGACUCCAUUGUUAGAAGAUGCUUUAAUGGACAGAGAUUUAGUGCACCGACAGACAGGUAUGGCUGCUAUACAACAUAUGGCUCUAGGUGUAUAUGGUUUUGGCUGUGAAGAUGCUCUAACACAUCUGUUAAAUUAUGUUUGGCCAAAUGUAUUUGAAACUUCACCUCACGUUGUUCAGGCAUUUAUGGGAGCUGUAGAAGGUAUCAGAGUAGCGAUUGGACCAUCAAAAAUAUUACAAUAUGUCUUACAGGGAUUAUUUCAUCCAGCAAGAAAAGUUCGUGAUGUGUACUGGAAGGUUUAUAAUACAGUUUAUAUCGGCGCUCAGGAUGGCAUGAUCCCUGCAUAUCCCAGAAUACCUAAUGAUGCCAAGAACCAAUACAUCAGAUAUGAACUUGAUUAUGUUUUAUAGUUUUAAAAAAACAGUUUCUCUUAUUUGAGAAAUAUUGUAAAUAGCAAAAUCAUCAAAUCAUUAUUAUUGUAAGCAGUGGUACACCUAAUCUGGAUGCACAGUCACAAAGGCUGUAUUCUUUUUCUAGAAUAUACAGAAGUUCUAUUGGCAUCAAAAUUUAGUAUUUAAAAUAUCUUAAUAAUAUAAUUUGAAUUUGUAGUAAUUCACAAAUUGUUUUUUUUUAAUCUCUCCAUUGUUGAAUAAAUAAUUACCAUCCUUAUGUUAAAUACCAUGGAAGAAAUAUACAAGACGAUGGCCCAAGCUACUUAGUCAAUUGAGUGAAAUGUCUUCUUAUUAUUACUUUGUCUGACAGUUAUAUAGAAAAGGCAGUACCAUUGUUUCAGAAAGAGUGGGCUUUUUUGGAUAUGUUAUCGUAGUUGGUUGUAAGAUAUUAAAACUUGGACUGUUUUGUUGAUCAUAGCAGAUAAUUGGAUAAUUUGUAUAGUGGAUUAAUAUGUUCUUCAUUCCCUAAGAAAUUCAUUUUUCACCUCUUGAAAAUGUGAACUUCAAUUGCGAUGUUCCUUGGAGCACAGCACAUGGUUGUAACUAGUUUGUUUUUGGACCCUACAUUAAUGGGGAAAAUUGGUUCAUUUAUCACAGUUGUACACCAAUUUGCAGAAAUUACACAAAAUUGUAGAAAGUAAUAAUACUCUCAUUUGAACUUGGCCUGUAUAGUUUCCCAGUUUUACUUCUGAAAAUGUCCUUACUUCAAGUGACAAGAUGACCACACUUUGCAACACUGUAUUUUCAUGCUCCAUUUAUUGUUCCCUUACGCUAGUAACAGAUGCUUGGUUCUAAACUUUGUUUCUCCGUUUAGAAAUCUAAGGAAUCGGGAAUAGGAUAUUAAAAACAUAAGUUUGCUUUUUAGUCAGAAUUCGUCCUAUUUUAAUGUAUAUAGAAUGAAAAAAACACCUGAAUGCAAUAUUUAAAUGUCUUCAUCAAGAUAAGCUUUGACUUGUAUGUUAAAAAGUGCUAUGUAACUUUGUUAAUCAUCAUUGAAAUAAACUGUCACUGUAUAUAAACA